AUAAGCAGACCCUCCAGUUCAUUCAUUCCUCCCGAAAUCCCCACUCCAUCCAUCUAUACCCUAGCCGCCAGUCUUCUCGUCUCUCUCAUCGGCGGCGGUGGUGUCCCCUCCCCUCCUCUCCUCCCCGCAAGAUCAGGUGUGCCGGCGUGCCAGCGCCUCCACCCGUCUGACAGUGACGGCCUGACGGGCGAUGCGCUGGACGGCCCUCCGUCGGCACGAGUUCCUCUCAGCCAGGCGGCCCUAGCAGCUCACGGCCCCACCAUCUGGCAGGUAGCCGGCGGCGGAGCAGCAGUUCCUUCUCCUUUGACGGGCAACACGCCCACACGGCAACAAGGCCCGCUCCUUCGGCACCGCGACCCAACUUCUCCCUUCGCUCCCCCAGCGCUCGUCGCUCUCCACGCGGUCGGCCCGUGCGCCGCGCUCCACGCUCCCCUGCUCAGCUGCAGCUCGAGUCCGGCUGGUGCGGCAGCGCCCUCCCUUCCCACGACUUCUCUGUUCUUUCUCUCGGCCUCGGUCUUCCUUUCCUAGCGGCGACGACAGGGCGAGUUGCGCUGCCCGUGGUUCGUCGAGCGACGACGAACAUCCCACAGGGGUAUGCCUGCCUAUUCCCCUCCCUUCCCAUCCCUGCUGCGCGAAAUCAAACACCCAAACCUCUAAUGUAUGGUAUUUGUAUUCGGAUCUGACCAUAAUUUUGCCUACUAAAUUCGAUCUUUUUGGAAAAAGUUAUUGGGUGUACACCCAUGUCCUAUACUGGGUCCGCCCCUGGCGCAGAGCUACAUGGCAAUGGCGAAGUGCUGAAAAGUGUUGAGGUGCCUCAGGAUUUGGGAGGGAUUCCGGCCAAGGAGGUGCCUCUGCACGAGGGCAAGGAGGUGAUACUCGUCGAUGAUAAUGACAGUGGGCAGGAAGAUGGUGGGAAGGCUAAGGUGGAUGAGAAUGCACCACGUUUUGGGCUGAGAUUCAAAACUUAUGAUGAUGCGCUCAAGUACUAUAAACAAUAUGCUGAGGAUUCUGGGUUUGCGGCGAUCAUUCUGAAGUCAUCCUAUCUAAAGUCUGGGGUGUGCCGGAGGUUGGUGCUUGGAUGUAGUCGAGCUGGAAGAGGGAGAGCAAAUGCGAGCUAUCUGUCUAGAGAGUCAACCAAGAUCAAUUGCCCAGCAAGGAUCUCGUUAAAGUUAAGGCAAGAUAGGUGGCUUCAUAUUGAUGAUGCUAAGCUCGAGCACAAUCAUCCACUUAACCAGUCCUCCGCGUCACUCACUAAUUGUUACAAGAAGCUAACAGAUGCCAAGAAUGGGGAACCUGCUUCACGUUUGAAGGGUCGCAGGAAUGUUCCAUCCGAAAAAGAGCAAGGGAACUUUACUGAGAUAGGAAGACUUAAGUUCGGGGAAGGAGAUGAUGAGUAUAUCCAGAAGUUUUUUGGGAACAUGCAGAACAAGAAUCCUUACUUCUUCUACUUAGUAGAUUUGGAUAAUCAAGGGCGUUUGAGGAACUUGUUCUGGAGUGAUGCUAGGUCACGGGCAGCAAAUGAUUACUUUGGUCAUGAUGUUGUUUAUUUUGACACCUCAUACUUGACAGAAAAAUAUGAUUUGCCACUUGUUUUCUUCACUGGGAUGAAUAAUCAUGGGCAACCUGUUCUGUUUGGUACUGGUUUACUUUCAGAUCUAAGUGCUGACAGUUAUGCUUGGUUAUUUAGGGCAUUUUUAGCAUGCAUGAAAGGUCGCUGCCCGAAGGCAAUCAUCACUGAGCAUUACAAUGCUAUUCUAGAUGCUGUUCGAGAAGUUCUCCAUGAAGUUAGACAUCGCCUUUGCCUGUAUCGUAUUAUGAAAGAUGUAUCGGAGAAUUUUAAAGAACAUGCAGAGUUUAAGACAAUCAAGAAUGCUCUGAAGAAAGUAACAUAUGGAUCUUUGAAGAUCCCAGAGUUCGAAGCAGACUGGAAAAAGAUUAUCGAGGAGCAUGGACUUGGAGAAAAUGAGUGCCUUAGUUCCUUGUAUGAGCACCGCCAACUCUGGGCACCUGCAUAUCUCAGAGACAAAUUCUGGGCAGGGAUGUCUAUUUCACAGUGUGGGGAGUCUAUUUCCUCGUACUAUGAUGGUUUUGUGUACCCAAAAACUUCUUUGAAGCAAUUUUUCAGUAAAUAUGAGAUGAUAUUAGAGAACAAAUACAAGAAAGAGUGGCAAGCAGAUGAAGAAUCCUCCCAUAGGACUCCAUUAACAGUAACAAAGUUCUACAUGGAAGAGCAGCUGGCCAAAGCCUACACAAUAAACAUGUUCAGAAAAUUUCAGGAUGAGUUGAAAGCAACAAUGUAUUGUGAUGGUAUGCCAAUUAAAGUUGAUGGUCGACUUGUCACUUUUGAAGUAAAAGAAUGCUCAUACAUGGAAGAUGGAAAGGACACAGAGAGCAGGACCUAUGAAGUGUACUUUUGUAAAGAAGAGAAGGUUGAAAUUGAGUGUGAAUGUGGUUUCGUUCAGUUCACCGGUGUCCUAUGUAGGCAUGCAUUAUCUGUGUUGAAGUUGCAGGAGAUAUUUGAGAUCCCAUCAGAUUAUGUUCUGGAUCGCUGGAGAAGGGACUAUAAGAAAUUGUAUUCUAAAGCAAACAAACCCAACGAAAUGCCCCUUAGUGGCAUUGUUGAGCGCUCUGAUUAUUUGUUCAGUCAAUGCAGUCAGUUGCUCAAUCUAGGGUUUGUAUCUGAGAGUAGGUACCUUGUUGCUCUGAAGUUACUGAGAGAAGCGGAAAGAUCUCUCCUGGAUGAUGGACUAGCUGCCAGAGACAGGCAGUCAACACUUCUUUCAUUUGAGGCUGAUGCACCAGAAAACGGUCAAGGCCUUUUUAAUCCCCAGUUUUCAGAGAGCGUAAAGAAUUCUCAGUCAGCUCAUGCAAAACGUCGCGGUCGGCCACCGAAGAAAGUGGCAGAGUCUAAUGCUGAAACUGUAACACAGCCAAAUAAAGAACAGGAUUUUCUGCGGUCAUCAUUUGUCACAGAUGAUACGAAUAUGAUCCAAGGGCCCUCAGCCUCACAUCUUGAAGGUCCUCACAUGGGAGUGCAAGGAGGAAUUGAUUUAAUGGAAGGAAUACCAAAUCUCUCAUUUAGUAAUCAUUUUGGAAUGGAUAUCAAUCACCAACAUCAAGUACCCAGCCACCAAAGGAUGCAGCAGAGCAAUUUCAUGCAGGUGCAGGCAGAACCCCAUGGGUUCGCGAAUCAGUGGGUUUACCACCCAAUGUUGCAGGAUAAUCCAGUGCUAAGAACUCCUACGAGAAGAACAGGGUAGGGCGUGUUGUUUGCUUUAAUAUUUCAAUAGAAUUUUAGGCUACCAGAUUGUACGAAGUUAUUCAGACACUGCUUAUGUCAUAUUCUGCCAGAGGAUUGGGAAUGUAGACCCAAUGGAGCUUUACCAGGCUUACCUGGGUGCAACUAACAUGGUUGUAGACUUACAUUACUACAACCUCUUUGAUCCAUAUUUUGAAAAACUGAAUGCAACGGAGAACAUACAGUUCAUUUACAAGAACAGACUACCUCAAGUACAGUCCUUGAAUCGUGCAAAUGGACCUCUCAAUUUUAUCGGAGAGUGGGUAAAUGAAUGGAAUGUGACGAACGCUUCACAAGUCCAAUAUCAAUUGUUUGGAAAUGCGCAAUUAGAGGUCUAUGGUGAAGCAUCCUUUGGCUGGUCUUAUUGGACAGUUAAGUGCAACAGUGUGCACUGGGACUAUGAAUGGAACAUAAGGAAUAGGUAUCUUAUUGGUGGUUCACUACCCAUAAGCCCAAACUACAUGUUGCUUGUGGGAGGAUGCCUCAUGUACCUUUUGUCCGCAUUGAGAUGAUAGUACAAACUUACCUACAGAAUGUAGUCUUGAUCGUGCCUACGCAAAGGAAGAUGGUCUGAUAGCGCCUUCGCUAAUUUUGAGUAAUCUAUUGGUCCAAAAAAGGUCUGCCAAUCGUUUCUAUC